UGUUCCUAAUUUCUAACAAAAUGAUCUAAUUUUAUCACUUUUCUUCAUAUGAAAAAGGUUAUUCAACCUUUUUUUACUACAGGUUUUGAAAUCGAUAUAGUUCUGAUGUAUUUCGAGUUUAUAGAUCUGCCCAGUUUUCAUCAAUAAAGUCACCAUUAAUUGCCACUUUAAUAUCAAAAUAUUGAAGUAGCUUUGUAGCAAGUUCUGGACAUGACUGAGUCAAAACAAGAUGUAUUGCAGUUCAUGACAGUUGUUGGCAAACUGAAAUCGCUUAAAAGAACUGGUUGGGUAAGGUCAGGUGUGAAUAAUCCUGAGCAUGUUGCUGAUCAUAUGUACAUGAUGGCUGUCAUGACCUUUUUCAUCCAAGAUGAUCACAAUCUCAACAAGGCAAGAUGCUUGAAACUUGCACUAGUUCAUGACAUGGCAGAAUGCAUUGUUGGGGACAUCACACCCUAUUGUGGUGUGAACAAGGAUGAGAAGCAUGCAAAAGAAAAGGAAGCGAUGAAACAAAUAUCUCUGCUUGCUGGGAACAAGGUUGGUCAAGAGUUAUUCAGUUUGUGGGAGGAGUAUGAAGCCCAGGAAACCGCAGAAGCAAAGUUCGUAAAGAAUUUGGAUCGCUUCGAUAUGAUCCUACAAGCACAUCAGUACGAACAAGAAUCUGGGCAGAGUGGUCAUCUUCAGGAAUUUUUCAACUCGACUGAAGGAAAGUUUGAUAAUCCUAUGGUGAAGGAUUGGGCUGCGCAGUUAACACAGCAUCGCAAGAGUUGCGAAGCUACUCAGAGAACUGCGUCUGACAAUGAAUGCAACAAAACAGGGGAUGAUCCUUAGCGUAUUCGCUGUAUACACGUUAAUGUGCAUCAUCUGAUUCAAAAUGGAUUUUUUCCU